ACGCCAUCACGAGAGCACACGGACACAGACACAGACUUCCAGCGCUCGGUCCUCUUGACACCCAGCCUGCACCUGGCCUUCAAGUGUCUUCUUUGUCCUUUCGCAACUUCAAACAUCGCAAACUCGAGAGCAAUUGACUCAAUCUGACCGAAAUCGACAUCGCAACCGCUAAACAAACCGCCGCCCCCUAUUGACCCUUCAUGCCCUCUUACGGGUCUCUCCACUCCCCUUCGUUGAAGAAACACAACAUGUUGGAGGCUCAAAGAGGAGGUCGCUUCGACUUUGGAUAUAUUGUGGGCGACCCUUUUGCGUUGGCAACAAUCUCGAUCAGUCUGCUGGCCUGGUUGAUCGCUUUUAUCUCCUCGAUCAUUGCCAAUACUCAGGAUGCCUUCCCUAAGUAUGCCUGGUGGGCUGUCGCCUACAUGCUAUGCUGCAUUCUCGGCGUGACAUUCGUCUUCGCGACGAAUUCGAUGAACUCAUACAACAUCGCGAUUGUCGGAUACUUGGCUGCUGGCCUUGUCAUGACAACGUCCGCCGUGAACUCUCUCAUCUAUCAGCCACAAGGCGCAAUGGAAGCUGCUGGGGCCGGUCAUAUUCUUCUUUCCAUGGUUGCGAUCAUCUGGAUAUUCUACUUCGGCUCGACACCUACAUCUACUCCUCGCGAAUUCAUCGACCAAUUUGCUCUUCAUAAAGAGCAAAACAAUUUCCGAGCUCCUGCUCAAAGCAUGUCCAAUAUGUACGAUCGUCCACAGACCACAGCCUCUGCGCAGCCCCCGCAGAUGUACACCUCAGCACAGUUGAAUGGCUUCGAGACUUCAUCACCUGUCUCAGGAUACCCAGGUGGACCUGCAGGGGCCGCUCGAGGUUCGUCACAAACGCCGAUCAACACAAGCAGCACACCAGUCACAGCAGGAGGACCAGACGUUGCUCAACCCACCGAAUAUCCGUACCGUGCCAAAGCCAUCUACAGCUAUGAAGCUAAUCCCGAUGAUGCAAAUGAGAUCAGCUUCAGCAAACACGAGAUUCUCGAAGUCUCCGAUGUCAGUGGCAGGUGGUGGCAGGCAAAGAAAGAGAAUGGGGAGACGGGCAUAGCGCCCAGCAACUACCUCAUCUUAUUAUAAGACUAAGUGUGUCAGCUCUGAGUCGUCUUCCCAGACAACACGGAUUGACCACAUGCAGGGCCAGCAUCCAGGCCCCAGCAUAUGUUAACGACUGCUUUCACGACAUUGUGUUUCUAUUCUAUGCAUAUCUUCUUUGAUGUCAGCGGAAUGAUGAGCCUUCCGCUUGCAAUUCCCGAGUCAGGGCGAUGUUUGAGGUGGAGGGAUGAUAUCCUGA